AUGAAGCCAGAGUCGAGGCAGGCCCUGUGCCACGUGGCAGUGGCUGGCUGCCUCUGCGUUGCCACCGUCUACUCGGGCGUGUUCGACGGCGUCUUCGUGGAGGUGGGCCAUGAGCACUAUGCGGAAGUGCCUGUGGCCAGCCUCCCUGCCGCCCUGGCCAUGCCCUUCAACUCGCUGGUGAACUUGGCCUACGUGCUGCUGGGUGUGUACUGGCUGCGGAGGGACGCCGGUGACGCGGGACGCUCCGUGGGGCAGCGGCGGGCUGGCUACCUGAAGGACGUGUUUGCCGCCAUGGCCCUGCUCUACGGCCCCGUGCAGUGGCUGCGCAUCUGGACGCAGGCGCGGCCUGCCGCUGUGCUGGACCAGUGGCUCACGUUGCCCAUUUUCGCGUGGCCGGUGGCCUGGUGCCUCUGCCUGGAUGGGGGCUGGAGGCCCUGCCGGCUCCUCGUCAUCGAGGGCCUCUCCCUGUCCAGCUACGGCCUGGCUCUGCUGCAUGCCCAGGGCUUUGAGGUUGCGCUGGGGGUUCACGUGGCAGCUGCCGUGGGCCAGGCCCUCCGCACCCACAGGCAGUCUGGCAGUGCCUCCUCGGCCACCUACUUAGCCCUGGGAGUGCUCUCCUGCCUGGGCUUUGUGGUCCUCAAGCUGUGUGACCACCACCUUGCACGCUGGCGUCUCUUCCAGCGCCUCACUGGCCACUUCUGGUCCAAGGUCUGCGACGUGCUCCAGUUCCACUUCGCGUUCUUGUUCCUGACGGAUGUAACCACUCGCCGGAGAGUCCCUCCUGCGGGGAAGAUGCGUUAGUGUGGAAAAAGCUGCCUAAUACCUGGGACUCCCAGUCUCUCAACAGUGUUAGGCGUCCUGGGUGUGACAGUAUAGGAUGGGCACAGAGACUGGCCUUCCCGUAGAAGUCGCAGGUGUCACGUUGAGGGGAGAAGUGCUAUGAUUUCUGCAACUCACUGUCAAAGACGUGAAGCUGAGAUCUGGGUGAAGGGGAUGUGGGUGCCUGUCAUACCCUGUGUGUCACUUUUCUGUAGCUGGAAAUGUUUCAAAAU